AUGGCCGCCGACCGUACCCGCCUGGCUGCCUUUUACCACGCGGCGCCCUUCAGCCCAGCUACCCCGAGCUCGCUCAUCCCCGCGCCAGAUCUGACUCCUCACGCCGAGGCGUUCAUUGGGGCGCAGCCGCCGCACAACGCCUUUACUCCUCUCGAGCCCAUCCCUUACCACGGCACGCACGCAAUCGCCGGUACGGCGCGCAGCGACAGCGCGGCGAGCGAGGCCAAGCUCAGCGCGGCGGCACCUGAGUUCAAGCCGAAGCCGCCGCCCAAGCUCAACGCGGAUGCGCCCGCCUUCAACCCGAGUGAGGCCGCGGCCGAGCAGAAGCAGCUGCGGAGCCUCGUCGCCGCUUCCGAGGCGCAGCUCGCGUCUCAGCGGAAAGAGAUCAGCGCGUGCAAGGCGAGGGAGACGGCGCUGGCCACGGAGGCGAGGGAGGCGCGCGCACUGGCGCAGUCGCUGGCGGAGCGAGCCGACCUGGCGGGACGCCAGCUCAGCGCGGCGAACGCCGAACGCGGGCGCGUCGAGAUGAAGCUGCACGACGCGCAGCGCGAGGCGGGCGAGGCUUGCCGUGCCCGCGCCGAGGCGGUCGAGCAGGCGAGGCGCGGGCUGGAGGAGGAGCGGCGCCAGCACGCGGCCGCGAUCGGAGAGGCUCGACACGCCCACGAGGCAGAGCGAGAGCGGCAGAGGCGCGAGCACGAAACGGAGCUUGCGCGGGCGCGCCGGCUGCACGCCGAGGAGACGACGAGCCUGCGCGACCAGCAGAACGAGCUCGUGCAGCAGAAGGAGGCGCUCGUCCACCAGCUCCACCUGCUACGCCGCAGCUUGCAGCAGAACCGCCCGCCGCCGCCGAACCACCCGCCGCCGCCGAACCACCCGCCGCCGCCGAACCACCCGCCGCCGCCGAACCACCCGCCGCCGAACCACCCGCCGCCGAACUUGCCCCUCUACCGCGCCACCACACCGCCGCCGCCUCUGCCGAUGCCGCCGCCGCAGCUACCGAUGCACGCGCCGCCGCAGCUCGGGAUGAGGCAGCCCCCCCCGCCGCCGAUGCCGCCGCCGCCGGCAGCGGCAGCGGACCCGGUCCUCGCCCUGCUCUCGCAGCACCCGCUCGCCGAGCCCGGCGCCCCGCGACCCAACCCGGUGCCGCUGACUCGCCGGGCAAACACAAACAGCCUCUGUGCCAUGGGCGGGCGCCGGUCGCCGCGCAAGGCAGCGGCCAGGCCACCUGCGCACGCCCGGCGGCCCGCCUCGCAUGGCGCUGCGCACAAGCCUUGCGAGGGGCUCUCUUUCGGGCAGCCUCCGGUGCCCAUCUACCGCAGCCGCGGCUGA